GAUGUUUUUAUUGCAUUUUUCCCUAUCCGCCGGACCGAUCCGCAGCAGCAGCAGCGGUCGAUGUAGCAAAAGUGUUUUGUUGCCCAUAAAAGUGUAGAGUGUUUACCAACUCCCGGCAACGUCCUGCCCGGUUCAUAUGUCCAACCUACAGCGUGUUAUGAUGAAGUCCAGACUGCCACCGAUGUGUCCGAAUCCGCGCUUCCCCAAGCCCAGCGAUCGGGGCUUUCGGCGUCAGACGGACUACAAUCCACUGAUGUGGGAUGAGUUCUUCGCAGAAAAGAAGGACGUUGAGACGAAGCAGGGGAAAUUCCGGGUGUAUCUGUCCGCUCCGUCCGAAGCCGGCGCGCCGCUGCUCGUUCUGCUGCACGGUGGAGGGUUUUCCGCCCUGUCCUGGGCUCAUUUCAGUAGUGAAGUCACGAAACUGAUCCACUGCCAGUGCCUGGCAAUCGACAUCCGCGGACACGGCGAUACGUACACGGAAGAAGAAGAUGACCUGUCAGCAGAACGGCUAGCCACCGAUGUCGGGGACGUGAUGCAAGCGAUGUACGGUGAAUCCGCCCCGCCAAUCAUACUGAUGGGACACUCGAUGGGCGGUGCAAUAUGCGUGCAUGCGGCCAACUCGUUUGUGCUACCGACCCUGAUCGGUGUGGUUGUGAUCGAUGUCGUGGAAGGAACGGCGCUGGAAGCGCUGGCCAGCAUGCAGAGUUUCCUCCGAUCCCGUCCGAGCACGUUCAAAAGCAUCCAGCACGCGAUCGAGUGGUGCGUUCGAAGCGGCCAGGUACGAAACGUCGAUUCGGCACGCGUCUCCAUGCCGGGGCAGAUUAUAAACAUCGAGACGAAACAGCUGGCAACGAACGAGCUGCCCCUUAAAGUGGAAGGUUCGUCGGAGGAAAAGCUUGAAUUUAAGCACCCUAAUGCCAUCGCGGAAGACGCGGAAAGUGGCGAUACGGCGAGCGCCACAGCAGAAACCGAUCCUGCCAGCAAUGCACCGGCCGCCGCCGCUGCCGCCUCCGCCGUCAACCUGCGCAAGUACGCCUGGCGCAUCGAUCUCUCCAAGUCGGAAAAGUACUGGGAGGGAUGGUUUUCGGGGCUGAGCCAAAAGUUCCUGGACAUACACGUGCCCAAGCUGCUGCUGCUGGCCGGCAUCGACAAUCUCGAUCGUGCGCUAACGGUCGGCCAGAUGCAGGGCAAGUUUCAGCUGCAGGUGCUGGCCCGCUGUGGCCACGCCGUGCACGAGGAUCGGCCGCACGAGGUGGCCGAAGUGUUGGCGACGUACUUGAUACGGAAUCGUUUCGCGCAACCGACAGCGGACGGGCAGUUCCUGAAGCAUAUGCCGGCGUGUUAAACGGCCUAGAAGCGCCGAACUUAUGCUUUCACUCUCUCUUCUUAAGUAAGCAAAUACAUUUUCUAUUUAUGAUUUUA